AAGUGCGUUUGUCGCUAGGAAACACUACAUUAAAAAACAAAAUAAUCAAAACUUUUGUUUCAUACCGAAGUAGCUUUCUUUCCUAGAGUCACGCGUAUGAAUGAUUCAUGAUAUAGCUUCCAAUAAAUUACAGAAUAAAUAUUUAUAGUGUGAGAUAAAUAAUAAAAUUGUGUCACGUGUACCGUACACCAAGGUGUGUUGAAGGGGGAAAUGAACAAAUUUUUCCAUUUAAGUGGAAUUUUUCCGCGGAGACCGCGAUGCGAACGUAAACCUGUGUCAUAAAGAAGAACGAUGCGUUUUGUUGGAUGGCUUAAGUACUUUGUUUACAUCAACUGUGAUAUAACUACAUUUAAUUAACGUAUUUUUGUUUUAAAGGUCACAAAAUCAUUGACCAUAAUAUAACUUGUGAUAAACCUAAUCGCUUACCCAGCAUUUUCCAUUACAUCCAAGGUGUGAACUCUAUAUCUAUAUGAUUUCUGUGUCAUCGGCAAUGAGCAACGUAUUAUUGUUUUUAUUGAUUGUCGGAGGUUGCUUUACAGAAAAACCUUCCGAUAAAUGGAGGUCGCAGUUGCGGCGCGAUUUAGAGGGUUAUAUUAAUUCACCUCCUGAAAAACAACAGUCAGAAGUAAGUUUAAUCAGCAGUUUGACACUACCUCAGGUGGUCCAGAGAUGGCUUACAUCUCCAUUAAAUGGGGAGCCUCUUUGCGACGUUUGCGAUGUAAUGGUCGAAAUUGCAAUAAACGCGCGGAAAUUAGAAGCCAGCGAAGACCUUGUUGCUGAAGUAUUUGUCAAGAUGUGCUUGUGGUUAGGUUUGGAAAGGGCGUCUUUCUGUGAAACUUAUGUAAAGAACAACAUCGAUAUUUGGUUGUACAUUAUUGACAACAAACCUUCUAUACGGUCGAGAACUUUCUGCGUGUAUGCUCUGCAUAAACACCACUGCCGGGAUCCUGAGCGUAUGGAUUGGACUAUUGAAUUGCCUCCUAGACUAACUUCGGAUAACGCGGAUCGUUCUCCAACAAAUACUAAACAAUCACCCCUCAAGAUUCUCCACUUAACCGACGUUCACUACGAUCCUGGAUAUGAAGUCGGCUCAAACGCAAAAUGUGACGAAAUACUCUGCUGCCAAAAGGGCACGAAAGCUAACAGAAGUUCAGACCAAGCCGGUUACUGGGGCAGCUAUCCAUGUGAUAGCCCUUGGCAUACUGUCGAAAACGUUUUAACUGAAGCUAUAGAAAGACAUAAAACCUUUGACGCCAUAUACUUCACGGGCGACAUCAUCAAACACAGUGAGUGGCUGACGGGAGUCAAGAACAAUAUCGAUGAUAUCCUUAAAGUGUUUGAUAAGUUCGAGGAAGUGUUUAAAGGUUUGCCGGUAUUCCCCACUUUGGGAAACCACGAACCUCAUCCGGCACAUCAAUUUUCUUCAGAUGGAAUCGAUGCGAAGAGCAAUUUAUCAACGCAGUGGGUGUACGAUUUGGUUGGAAAAUCGUGGGACACCUGGUUACCAGAAGAGUCCCUACAAACUGUGUUUAAAGGAGGGUAUUAUGCCUUGAUAAAGCCUGGAUUGAGAUUGAUUGCUUUAAAUAACAACGUGUGCUUCACAUACAAUAACUGGCUAUUCUACGAUGACAACGAUCCACUAGGUCAACUGAAAUGGAUGGUCAAGGUGUUAGCAGAGGCGGAAAAGAAGGGCGAGAAAGUGCAUAUAAUUUCUCAUAUCCCAUCAAACGACUUGUUCUGCUUCUUUAAUUGGGGUAAAGAGUACACCAGAAUUGUGGAGAGAUUCUCCCAUGUAAUAGUGGGUCAAUUUAAUGGACAUACUCACGAUGACGACUUCAUUGUGUACUUCAGUUCCCAAAACACUAGUAAAGCGAUUAAUGUUGCAUACGUUGGAGGAAGCGCUACAACUUUUAGAAAUUUAAAUUCUAAUUACAAGAUAUUCCAUGUCGAUGCUAACACAUAUGCUACGCUUAAUUAUGAAUCUUGGAUAUAUAAUUUAACGGAAGCGAAUCUAACCCCAAACAAUCCACCGAGAUGGUACAAACUGUAUGAUUUCAAAACCUCAUUUAAUUUAUCCAGUUUAAACCCAAGCGACUUUGCGGAUCUCAUUGAGCAUAUGACCCAAGACUCGGGACUUCUUCAAGACUACCACAGGUACAAAAAACGAGAGGCAGACCCAGAAAUGGCGGUGGGUUGCAAUAGAAAGUGUCAGCUAGACGAUAUCUGUUAUAUGACCACUUCUUGGUAUGGAGGUGAUUACCAUUGCCACCACUACACAGCGAUGUAUAACGAUCACCAAUUGAAACAUUAGUUACAAUUUGACUGGAAGUUAGAGCUUAAAAUGUAGUUCGAGACAAUUUCUAAAAAGAUGUAGUAGCUAAUUACGUAAGUUUUAGGAUGAAAUAAACGUGUAAACAAAUAUAUAGAAAACGAACUCCUGGG